AUGGCCAGCUCCGACGACAUCGAGACUGGUCCCAAGGCCGUCAGCCAGACUUACCAGGCGGAACCCGAUAAGGCUCAAGUUGAGGUUGGCCGUGAGAACAUCCACCUCGCUGUCAAGCCUCACGACGGCUAUGAAGGUGGACAUCGCUUCGAUCCGUACGCAACAUGGACUGCCGAGGAAGAGAAGAAGGUUGUCCGCAAAACCGACCUGAUGCUCCUAAGCUGGCUGUGUGUCAUGUUCUUUGGACUUCAGCUGGACCGUGGGAACCUUUCUAAUGCAUUGGCCGACUCCUUCCUAGCGGACUUGAAAAUCACAUCCGACGAUUACAACAAUGGUACAACUAUCCAACUGCUUUGCUUCUUGGGCGCUGAGUUUCCCGUACAAUUCCUCACGAAGCGUUUUGGAUUCAAAUUCGUGUUGCCAUUCAUGAUGGUAGCAUGGGGUCUUGUCUCUACUUUCCAAGCUUUCAUCACCAACCGUGCUGGGUUCUACGUUACCCGUGCCUUCAUCGGCCUCUGUGAAGGUGGUUUUAUUCCCGGUGCUGUCCUCAUGGCCACAUACUUCUACACCAGUAAAGAGCUGUCGACUCGUCUAGCUGCGUUCUGGUCUACACUCAACAUUGCGCGUGUCAUUUCCGCCCUCCUUGCUGCAGGCAUUCUUGAGAUGCGCGGUGUCGCUGGAAGGCCUGGCUGGUUCUGGUUGUUCCUCCUCGAGGGUCUCCUAACAGUAAUUCUCGGAGUCGUUUCAUUCCUAUACUUGCCCCUUUCGCCCACCUCAACCAAGUCGGUGCUCUGCCCCCGCCCGUGGUAUACGGAGAAGGAGGAGACUAUCAUGAUCAACCGUAUUCUGCGUGACGACCCUGCCAAAGGCCUUACCGCGAUCAAAGAACCUGCCACAUGGAAGGAUAUCAAGGCAGCAUGGGGAGACAAGUCGAUGUGGGGUCUGUACUUCAUCGGUCUCGUGGCAUACAUCCCGGCUACACCGGUUCAGGCCUACCUUACCCUUACCUUAAGGCGCCUUGGCUUCACCACCUUCGCCUCCAACAUGCUUACAGCUCCUUCGGCCGGUCUCCAAAUCAUCACCAUGUUGGCGCUGGCCUACAGCAGCAACUACUUUAACGAGCGUGCAUUCCACUGCAUCCUCGGAGAAGCCUGGCUACUCCCGCUCUUCACUGCUCUUCUGACUUUGCCUGAUGGUGGACGGGAAUGGUCUCGAUUCUCGCUUAUUACCUUGAUCUCUGGAUACCCCUACUUCCACCCAUUGGUGUCUUCGUGGAUCUCUGAAAACACAUUCGAUGUGAAGAAGCGAGCUAUCACCGCUGCAACCUACAACGUCAUUGUGCAGAUCGGCUCUGUGGUCGGAAAUCAAAUCUACCGGUCCUGGGACUCGCCCUACUACCAUACCGGAAACGCAGUGUGCAUAUCUAUCGUUGCACUCAGCUUGGUGACCUUCUUUGCGCAGCGACAAUGGCUCAUUCACCUGAACAAGAAGAAGGAGGCGAUCUGGAGCACAAUGACGGCCGAGGAGAAGUUCGAGUAUCAGAACGACCAGGUGGCCCGAGAGAAGGACGGUAAUAAGCGUUUGGACUUCAGGUUCCAGUACUAG